AUGGCAAUAUUGGCAUCUGUUGCUGGUAUCAUUCUAUCAGUAAUGACAAUUAUUGCUGCUUUGUCACGAUAUGGCACUGACAUGAAAUUCGGAAUGAAUGUUGCUGUUAUCGUCUGGUAUGCCAUUACAAUCAUGGCUCUGUUUAGGGCUAUAUAUAUUUAUGCUCAGAUAUCAAAGUAUUUACAGCUUGUUUCAUCUUCAGAGACAAGAAAUGAAUUGGCCGUUUCGAGCUGUCAAUCUCGCAAUCAAUAUGUGUCACCACCAACAUAUGAUCAAGUUGCUAGUGGUACUGCUGGUCAUAUUACGACUGAUGUUGACAAGGAUAACGAUAGUACUUUACCUGGUCAGUCCAAUGUUUUACCACCGACUUAUGCAAGUAUAGAGGCAUUUUCAAAAUAUACCCCAAACGAUGAUGAGGCCAAAUAG